CUACUUAUAAGAGCUUUGCUAGCAUCAAUGGGUGAUUGAGAACUGUUGACUAAUAUGGUAAAAAAAGAUUGUCAGCUCGUAAAAACUCGAAAUUGAAUGGUAGACCUAAAAGGGUAUAAAAGGGAAAAUACAAGAUUAAUAAUACUGUUAGCAUUGUAAACCCCAAGGUAACUCUUGGAUGGAGCUCAGAGGCGCAUUAAGCAAGGUCGUCCUCAAAAUUAACAAUGGAGCCUCCAAUUAAUUAGGUCAUUAGUAUGGGAAACUAGUGCUCAAUGAGUUGUGCUUGUCUGUGAAAUGUUUGUUACAAAACCACAUUAUUAUUAAAGCAGAGGACUUGAGAUCAGUGGAGUUGUUGAUUGAUUAAUGUUGACAUGUUUUAUUCCCUAAAAAGCGGGUUUUUUCUCGUACAUGUCUUGUUUUGACUCUAUCAGAUGCAAGGCAUAUGACACUAAAGACAGUGUUCUUAGCCAACACUAUAGUGCCCUCACUUGCUUUUCUCUGUUGAAUUCAUAAGAGUUACAGUAGUAAUAUUCCUAAGCACAAUGUUCUUCAACCUUCUUACCACCUAAGUCACAAGACUCACAGUUCAGGUAUCAAACAAAAUCAAUGAAUGGUGACAGCUGCAUAUUCUUUUGACAUACUAAUAUUCUCAAAAACCAAAAUUUUGAUCUUCGAUCACGAACAAGCUAAAACACUACACAUUGUUAGGUCUACUUUUCACCUUUUACCUUGUGUGUGAUCACUGCAGCUCUGUACCCUUUUUGUUCUCUACCAAGCUAUACUUUGCUGUAGGCUCUAAUUGCUUAGCUUUGAAGUCAUGAAAGUUACAGGAGUGACACCAAAAGCAGCAGGCAAGAAUAAGGGAUGCACAGAAAUACUCUAAUACAGUAUAGUUGGUUUUUUAACUAACCUAGCCAACUUAUUGGGAUAAGAAACUCAAGCUUUUGGAAUUACCAGAAGUCUGGUCUUAAAGUUCACUUUCAGUGACUACUCGGUGGAAUGGAAGUUUCACCUAUCAAGAUGGUAACACAAAAAUAUCAAACCGAUCAUCUGUAAUUCGAUUUUUUUUUUCUUUUUCUUUUUCGGUUUCCCAUUUCAAAAUGAUCUGCAACAAGUGGCUAGUUCCAACUGAUUUCACCAAUUCUAAGAGAUGAGAAUCAACGAAAGAAAAGGUGAAAAAUAAAAAUGGUGAGUCACAGAGGCACCUCCUUCAAGAAGAACUUGGUUAGUUUAGCAUUAGAGCUCUUCGGCCAAGGAGAUGAGCAGCAUUAGUUUAUACAGGUUUUAGAGAAAUGGGAGACACGGAAACAGCGCCCACGUUCCCCUCAUAUCUCACUUCUCUCUCUCUCUCUCUCUCUCUCUCUCAUGUUACAAGCCCCUAUUGACAAAAUGUUGUGUACCUCUCCCAAGGAAUAAAUAUAUAACCCUCUCCUCUCUUGUGAAGCUCCAUAAAUACUCUUAUCACCAUAUCCCUCAGUGCCUCUCUCUCUCUCCUCUUCUGUUCACACCAUUGUCUUGAUAACAGCUCAAGCAGGGCACUUGCUUUGAAGUGUUUAUGUGAUCAUGGGAAUUCAGAAGCCUGCAUGGUUGGAAGCCCUCUAUACUCAGAAGUUCUUUGCAGCUUGCUCCUUUCAUGAAACUGCAAAGAAGAACGAAAAGAACGUUUACUGUUUGGAUUGUUGCACCAGUAUAUGCCCCCAUUGUCUACCUUCCCACCGUUUCCAUAGGCUCCUUCAAAUUCGUCGCUAUGUUUACCAUGAUGUUGUAAGAUUGGAAGAUCUUCAAAAGCUCGUCGACUGCAAUAAUGUUCAGUCAUAUACCAUAAAUAAUGCCAAAGUGGUGUUCAUCAAGAAGAGACCUCAGAAUAGGCAAUUCAAGGGUUCAGGAAACUAUUGCACUUCUUGUGACAGAAGUCUUCAAGAACCUUAUAUCCAUUGCUCUCUUGGGUGCAAGGUGGAUUAUGUGGUUACAUUGAAGAGGGGGCUCUCUCCUUACCUGAGGAAAUGUGAAUCACUCCAACUGAGUCCAGACUUCUUAGUUCCUCUCCAGUCCGAGUCUGAUGAUCAGGACAUGACCAGUGAUCAGACUCUCCAUUCCACAAUUGUGGACUGCGAUGAUCCAAUGAGCUAUUCGUCAUCAUCAGGCUCCGAAAACAUGAGCAUGAGCAUGGCAUACACAAAUCGUGAUCAGAUUGUCCGAAAGAAGAGAAGCGGACUCAAUUACAGUUACGUGUACUGCUCAAGAUCAGCUCAUAAAGUUUCCGACGAUGAUCAAGACAUGUCCUCAAACAUGAUCAGUAGAAGAAAAAGCAUUCCUCAUAGAUCUCCUCUGUGUUAGAGGCUAAGCUAACCAGCUAGCUGUUAGCAUAAACAACAAAUUACUUAAACUUGGUAUUCAAUUUGCCACUACAAUUCUCCAUUUCAUUUUAACUGAACUUCAAAUGCUUUACUUAAAUUAAUUGAUUAUUCAUCUUCUCUCGCUCUAUUCUUUCUCUCGAAAUUGAAGUUUAAUUUAGUUAAUUAAUCACUUGGUCGGGGUGUUUUGUCUUAAUGCAAUCACGUGAUUCCCAGUUCCAAGUUAUUG